UGUUCGUUCCCCGCGGCCCCGCCCCGUCGCCGCUGGGACGUACCAUUCCCGCUCCGGGGGGAAGCAGGAGGCCGUAGCGGGUCAGGAAGAGGGGGAAUAGGCGGGGCUUGGUUUACCGCAUGCUGCGCUCGGACCGGCCGAGGCUCACUUCCGGCGCGUUGCUAUGGUUGCCGUUAUCAACUUCCGGCGGCCGUUUGCCGCGAGGAGAGGCGGUUGGUGCGGCGGAGCGGCCGGUGGCGGAGAGCCGCUGCGACAGCCGCCAUGCCCGCCAGGAUGCCAGCCAAGGCGCCAGCCAAGGCGGGCGGCAAGAAGGGCCAAAGUGGACCUUCAGGAGGGAAGGCAGUACCAGCAAGGCCUGCUAAAUCUGUGCCUAAGAAACGGGAUGAAGAUGUCUCCACUGAAGCAGGAGAGGGCAUGGAUGAAGGGCCAUCAGGAAAGACUCUAGUGAAGCCUCCAGAUCAACUGGACCUGACUGAAGCUCAAUUAAAAGAGGAAUUUACACGUGUCCUGACAGCUAAUAAUCCCCAUGCUCCUCAGAAUAUCGUCAGAUACAGCUUUAAGGAACGAGCAUACAAGCCAAUAAGCCAUGUGGAUCAAAUGGCCAUUCAUUUCUCUUUGAAUGGAAACCUGAUACUCAGAGAUUCAGAUGAAGGCAGGAGGCAGACUAUCAGACUAACCACUGCAGCAGAAAAGGCUCCCAUUGAGACUUCUGCAGCAACAUCUGAAGAGGCAGAGAUUAAAGGUGAAGAAUGCGCAGGAGAUACUCAGGUUGUAGGAGAAGAAGAGACAGAGGGUUCAGGAAUGGCAGAAGUGGCAGAGGCAGCAGAGGCUGAAGAGCCUCCUUCUCCAGCAGUGAAAGAGCAGAAGCUUGCCAAUCAGUUCAACUUCAUUGAGAGAGCUUCAAGGACACUCAACAACCCUGUGCAGGAGAGAGCAUGUCAGUCGGAGCCUACACCUUGUAAAAAUUUCUCAGCCACUGCCAACCAGUGGGAGAUCUAUGAUGCCUAUGUGGAAGAGCUUCAGAAAAUGGAAAAGUCAAAAGAGAAAGAAAAAUCAAAAGUUCAGACAGCAAAGAGAGAAGAGGAAAAGAAGAAGGGAAGACAGUUUAGCUCUCUGGGGUCACAGAGUGAUGAUACAACCAAGAUCUCAAAGGCUGCCAAAAUAAUGGAACGGAUAGUUAAUCAGAACACGUUUGAUGACAUUGCACAAGAUUUUAAAUAUUUUGAGGAUGCCUCGGAUGAGUACAGGGGCGAGCAAGGAACCCUCCUCCCUCUAUGGAAGUUCCAGUACGACAAAACCAAGAGACUUGCAGUUACUGCCAUCUCCUGGAAUCCAAAAUACAAGGACUUAUUUGCAGUGGGGUAUGGCUCUUAUGACUUCAUGAAGCAGGGCGAGGGCAUGCUCCUGCUCUACACCAUGAAGAACCCCUCGGUCCCAGAGUAUGUCUUCAGCAGUGACAGUGGCAUCAUGUGCCUGGACUUCCAUAAUGACCACCCCUACCUCUUGGCAGUGGGCUUCUAUGAUGGCAAUGUGGCCAUAUACAACCUGAAGAAGGCAACCUCCCAAUCUAGCUACAAGAGUAGUGCUAAAUCAGGAAAGCAUGCAGAGCCAGUGUGGCAGGUGAAGUGGCAGAAGGAUGACAUGGACAACAAUUUGAAUUUCUUCUCUGUCUCCUCAGAUGGACGGAUUGUUUCAUGGACUUUAGUUAAGAAUGAGCUGGUUCAUACAGAUGUCAUCAAGCUGUCAGCAGAGGGAACAACGACGCAGGGGCCAGAAGGACUGCAGCUGCAAAUGCCUGGCUGUGGGACAUCAUUCGAUUUUCACAAAAAGAUAGACUAUUUGUUUCUUGUUGGUACUGAAGAGGGAAAGAUCUAUAAGUGUUCCAAAAGCUAUUCAAGCCAGUUUCUGGAUGUGUUUGAAGCCCAUCACAUGGCUGUGGACUCAGUCAGCUGGAAUCCCUACCAUUUGAAAGUCUUCAUCUCCUGCAGCUCUGACUGGACAGUCAAGAUCUGGGAUCACACCAUCAAGACUCCAAUGUUUGUUUAUGACCUGAAUUCUGCUGUGGGGGAUGUUGCCUGGUCUCCUUACUCCUCCACAGUCUUUGCUGCAGUCACCAUUGAUGGCAAGGCCCAUGUGUUUGAUCUGAACAUUAAUAAGUAUGAAGCUCUCUGUACCCAGCUAGUGGUGGCCAAGAAGAAUAAUAAAGCAACCCACAUCCAGUUUAACCCUGUCUACCCCAUUGUCAUCGUUGGAGAUGAACGAGGCCAUGUUAUCUCCUUGAAGCUCUCUCCCAAUCUGCGCAGGAUACCCAAGGCAAAGAAAGGCCAGGAGGUGAAGAAAGGCCCAGAGGUGGAAAUCGCAAAGCUGGACAAGUUACUCGACCUGGUGAGAGAGCCGGAGAGCAAAACUGGGAAGUAAGAGAGGGGAAUGGUGGCUCUGACGAGGGCCACUGGCUUAACAAACCCAGCUUUGAUCAGCAGCUGCUUAGCAUGCAAGCCAGGGCCCACAACGCUGCUCUUUGCACAGUGGGAACACUUGGCCUUUGUGCCCCAACAAAUAAACGGCAUGCAGUUGUC